GCAUUCUCACAUUCUCAAACCUGGCUUCGUAAAUUCAAUAUCUCACUCAAGGACGUUCAAGACCCCUCUUCCAGAAAACGAUUUCCAAUCUCACCAGAAAAAUUACCCCGCUACCCCACUUCAUCAUGUCAGAAAAGAUCGAGUACACAAACCUUCCAACGCCACCAGCAUGCGUUGCGGACUUCUGUCUCAUACCGAUUGGCACGCCCACCGCGUCCGUAUCAAAUGAAGUUGCGGCUGUCCAAAGAUUGAUGAAGGCGAGUGGCCUGAGCUAUUCGAUGCAUAGUGCGGGAACAACGGUUGAAGGCACAUGGGACGAAGUAAUGCGCCUCAUCGGCCAAGCCCACACCCUCGUCCACCAAAACGGUGUACUCAGAGUCCAAACCGACAUCCGAGCCGGAACACGUACCGACAAGAAACAGCACUUCUCCGAGAAGGUGACGAAAGUGAAGAGCAUUCUUGCUGCUGAUGGAAAGGCGUGAGAUUUCUGGGUCCAGCGUGGCGGUUCGUUGUGAUGGAGAAGGGGUUAUGGGAUAUGGGAAACCGGCUCUAAUGCCCUGCUCGUAUAACGAGGGAGUUGGUGAAGUCUGAGAAGGCAUCGCAGACGUGGCUUGACUUCUUGGGUUCGUUGCUAG